AUGAUUGACUUAGGCUUUUUGUAUCGGGCCUAUGUCGAUCAUUUGUAUGCUAGGCGUUGGGUUACCCGUUCGGCAGAGCCGAUUCGCAACGAACGAACGAUGGGGAAUUGGAAACGGUAUAGUAAGUUGUAUCUGAUGUCGGUCCGACAUCGAUUCAGCACUUACAGUAAAUUACAUCAAAACGUACUACGGUGGCUGAUUAUUUCCUCUGGAUACGACGACCCCGUUCUACAUCCGGUCCGCCUUGUCCUUUCUGAAGGGACAGGGGGAGGACAAACCGCCGGUGCCGAAGCUGCGCAUCUCCGGGCUGGGCAACGCCAUCUCCUGCGCCAUCGCGUGCGCGGCCCGCAUCGAGGAGGCGAAGAUGGGGAGCAUCGAGAAGUGCAACACGACCUACUACAAAAUCCCCGGGGGCAAGUUCGUGCCGCAGAUCACCGUGGACAUUUUGAAGGCGCCGUAUUAGAGGAAAAAAUGUUGACGCUGAAACUACGGAAGAACCUGUGA